AUGCCGAGACAAAAUAGAAGGGGGAAAUUACCAAAGGGUCCUAAAGCUAAAAUGAUGUCCCUGUCUAUGGACAGACAUUCUGCUUCCACAUCAAAUUCUUCUAUGCCAUCAUCCCGUAGAAGUACAAGUCCAAAUAAGAAAAAACUCAGUAGCAAUGGUACUAAUAGCAAAAAUAAUAACAGAAGUGCAGUUAAUAAUGAUACAAAUAGUGAAAAUGGCAGCAGUAAUAAUGAGAAUAAUACCACUAAACCUUCUGAUUUUACUGUAACAAAUUUGAAUAGUCCUACUAGUAUACUUUCUUCUAUAUUAUCUAUAUUAAAUUUGUCAUUCGAUAAAGAUACUGGAAUGUUAAAGGGAGCCAAUGUUAAGACACUACCUGAUAAUAAACAAACUUUGAUAAAUUUGAAGGACAGACUAACUGCAUUGAAUGAUCUGUUAACUCAGAUAACUAAAGAGGAUAACGAUACAAUGGAAGCAAUACGACAGGUCCAAAUUAGAAAUAUAGCUUUAAAUAAAAUCACAGGAAAGGGAGAGAGUAACAAAAGGGAUUCUAAUUUACAAAACAAAAUAGAACAGCAGAAGAAACUAGAAUUACUGAAAAAUAUAACAGACGAUAUGAUGACUUCUACAUUACAAGAAAAUGGUGAAAAUAAAAAAUCGCCAACUGUACAGCAAUCAUUAGAUAUAGAGAAUAAAUCUGUCAAAGAUGAGAUUUCAGAACAAAAAGAAAACUUACCAAAUAAACAAAAUAGUCCUCUUGAUUCUUCCAAAUCUGUAGAAGUUAAUACGGAUUCUAGUACCCCAAAUGAUAAUGUAAAGGAGAGUAUUUUAAUAUCACAAGGUCAAAAUAAUAGAUUAUCGCAAAGAGUCUCACCUAUAGAUAAUGUUUCAAAUAAAGUCGAAAAUGAUAAUAAAAGGGAUCUACCAGAUGAAUUUGCAGAUAUAUCACAUGGUUCUACUCAACUUGAUGGACCGGAUACAAAGAAGAUUAAAUUAAAGGAUUAUAAUGCUAACUCAAAAGCUACUUCUUCUUUUUCGUCUUCUUCUACCGUUACUACUAUUGCUACUACUAUACGAUCAGAAUUGUUAACAUUACCAUCAUCCAACAAUAACAAAGACAUACAAACACCUUCAACCACUGAUAUCACUUCUAAUGAUAAUAUUUCUUUGGAAAAUGAAAAACAUUCGUCAAUAGAUGUUGGUACACUGGAAUCUAGUGUUUCAACGCCGUAUUCAAUUGAACGUGAUACAAGGUUAAAGAAUCCUAAAUCAGAAUUUGUUGUUUCUCAAACAUUGCCAAAGGCGGCUAAAGAUCUUGGUCUUUACACCGAGGAAGGAUUGGAAAGCACAGGUGAAGAAUAUUUAAAGAAGAAAUACAAUGUGGCUAGUUAUCCAACAAACGAUCUAAAAGAGUACUUACCAGGGGUUAUACCAGAUAAAGAUUUUUCCUGCCCCAAGCCAUCUAAUCAAAUCCAAUAUAACACAUUCUUAGCAUUUGUUGAUAAUUUUUUGAGACCACUUAAUGAUGAGGACAUCAAAUUUUUAGAGAGUAAGUAUGUUAUUCCCUCUAACAUACAAAUAGAUAAAAAUUAUGACCCCAAUGUCACACCUUUUGUAAUCCCUAAAUUAGGACCACUUUACACGAAAGUUUGGUUAAAGGAGGAUUCCAAAACUGCAGGAAAUCUACUAACUGCACCUUCAGAAGACUUAACCAGUAUCUUACCAAAGAAAAGUGCAUCAAGUCUGAACGAUAGCAUGUUAGAAAGUGAAGAAAUCUCAUGUGGUCCUCUAUUGUCGAGAUUAUUAUCUGCAAUUUUACGAGAUGAAAGGGACUCUGAGAUUAGAGGAGAAGAGAACAAUGAAUCGACAGUAAAGACUGAGUUUGCAGACGAUAUAAACACACCGACUCAAUCACAGGAUGGGGAAGAUUUGUCUUCGAGCAUGCAGACUUCACCUGCUAUUAGUAUUAAGGAUGAACUACAUUCCAAUUUGUUGUCUAAAAAUAAUCAAUAUUCACCUAUUGUAAUGAAGGAGAUCCCAUUGGGUGGGGGCACUACGAAUACUUUACCAAAUACAUCUGAUUGGAAUAUUAAUAGUAUUAAUUUAGAUUAUCCAACAUUUGAAGAAAGAUUGAAAAGAGAAUUGAAAUAUGUUGGUAUAUAUAUGAAUUUACCAAAGGAUGAAAAUAGUCCUAACAAUGAGGAUCCAGAUUGGAUUACGGGUAGAGAAGAUGAUGAGAUCUCAGCAGAACUUAGAGAAUUACAAUCUACACUAAAGAGCGUGACAAGGCGUAAUCAAAGAAGAAAAGAAAUAUUGAAGCCUUUGUUGGAAAGGGCAUUAGCAUGGCAAGAAUACUUAUCCAUUCUUGAUGAUUUAGAUAAACAGAUAGAUCAAGCAUAUGUGAAGAGAAUCAGAGCACCAAAGAAAAAGAAGAGACACCACAGUUCAGCGUCGACGAGUGGUGGUAAUGGCCAUUUACACGGGGGUGAUGGUGGUAACGGUGGUUCUGGCAAUUACACUAGUAAUAUAUCUGCAUCCCAGUUGGCUCAACAGAAAGCUGCGAACUCAAGUUUGAAAGCGUUAUUAGAUAAGAGACAAAGAUGGAUAUCAAAGAUAGGACCUAUUUUUGACAAACCAGAAAUCAUGAAACGUAUACCAAAAGAAUCUGUAUUCAAAGAUUUAGAUCAAGAAGAUGAUUAUGAGGAUGGGGAAGGCGAUGUUUUUGAACAGAAUAAUGACAACAAGGAAGGUGAAUUAACAGAGACAUAA